AUGGACGAUAAUCAGCUGAUGGAUAUGCUGAUGGGGCAGGGAGAAGACGCCCUGCACAUUGAAGUCGACCUCGGGUCGAAAACUACGGGUCGGUCCGUCGAAGAGACCCUACUGGAGCUUACCGAUGCGGGGUACGGGGAACCUGAUCCUGAAGCUCCCGCGACCCAAGUCGUACAGCCGUCAGUUGCUGACGUUAUUACAAUUGCUGAUACCAGAAAGGAAAAAGCACCGGCCGCCGUAUCUAUUUCCUCCCGCUCCACUGGGAGUGAUGAGGCCUUGCUUCCGGGUGAGAAGAAGAGAUCUCACAAGCAUCGGCACCGAAGUGAGAAGCACGAGGUGACUUACACCGGCCGGGACGUUAAGGGGUCCGGUGCUAAGAGACAGAAGAAGGAUCACCCGGUACCCGAGUCGUCGCCUUCGCUUGCCCUAGAGGUCAUUGGAAGUUAUUCUGUGGAGGCGAGGAAGCUAAGUUUGGGCCUUUCGGAACUUAUAUGUGAAGGUUUAGGACUCGAAUCUGGAUUUUUUGGUGAUGAACUUACCCAAGUGCAAGUAAUGGCUUUGAAUCAUUACCCGCCUUGCCCCAACCCUAGCAUAACCUUGGGAUUACUUAAACAUUGCGAUAGCAACCUCUUAACUCUGCUUAUACAUGAACAAGAGGUUCAUGGUCUUCAAGUCUUCAAAGAUGAGCAGUGGUUCGUUGUUGAGCCUGUCCCUGAUGCCUUUGUGGUUAAUAUAGGCCACACUUUACAGAUUAUCAGUAACGGGAAGCUAAGCAGUGCUGAGCACAGAGUUGUAACAAACAAAAAGGUUUCAAGGAUGUCAGUGGUCAGUUUCAUCCAUCCUUCCGGAAACUGCCAUAUUGAUCCUGCAAAAGCACUUCUUGAUAAGGAUUGCAGUACUCCACUCUACAGAGAUUUGAUAUAUAAAGACUUUUUCAGCACCUAUAUAACAGAUAUCCAGGAGGGAUUGCCCCCACUUCAGCAUUAUAAGCUCCGGCCUUGA